AUGGGAGGUCAUAUUAAAAAUAAUAAUAAAAAAGAUAUUUUAUCUAAACAUCCUGAUGAUGUUGUUAUUGUAGCAGCUUAUAGAACUGCUAUUGGUAAAGGUUUUAAAGGUUCUUUUAAAUCUGUUGGUUCAGAAUAUAUUUUAACUGAAUUUUUAAAAGAAUUUUUAGCUAAAACUAAAGUUGAUCCAAAUUUAAUUGAAGAUGUUGCAAUGGGUAAUGUUUUAAAUCAAGCUAUUGGUGCUACUGAACAUAGAGGUGCUUGUUUGGCUGCUGGUAUUCCUUAUACUAGUGCUUUUAUUGGUAUAAAUAGAUUUUGUUCUUCAGGUUUAAUGGCUAUAUCUGAUAUUGCAAAUAAAAUUGCUGUUGGAGAAAUUGAUUGUGGUAUUGGCGGUGGUAUUGAAUCUAUGUCACAAUAUUAUAAAUCAACUAUUCCUCAAAUAGAUCCUCAUUUAGGUGAAGAUGAACAUGUUGCUUCAUGUUUAAUUCCAAUGGGUAUAACAAAUGAAAAUGUUGCAAAUAAAUAUAAUAUUUCAAGAGAAAAACAAGAUGAAUUUAGUGCAAAUUCUUAUAAUAAAGCUGAAAAUGCUAUUUCUAGUGGUGCUUUUAAAGAUGAAAUUUUACCAAUUAAAUCAAUUAUAAGAACUGAAGAUGAAAAUGGUAAUAUUACUGAAAAAGAAAUAUUAGUUGAUACUGAUGAAGGUCCAAGAAAGGGAGUUAGUGCUUCUGGUUUAGGUAAAUUACCACCUGCAUUUGGAGGUACUACAACUGCUGGUAAUGCUUCACAAAUUAGUGAUGGUGCUGCUGCUGUUUUAUUAAUGAAAAGAUCAUUAGCUGAAUCAAAAGGUUAUCCAAUUGUUGCUAAAUUUGUUGCAGCAGUUGCAGUUGGUGUUCCACCAGAAAUUAUGGGUGUUGGUCCAGCUUUUGCUAUACCAGAAGUUUUAUCAAGAAGUGGUUUAAAAGUUGAUGAUAUUGAUGUAUUUGAAAUUAAUGAAGCUUUUGCAGCUCAAUGUCUUUAUAGUGCAGAACAAUGUAAUGUUCCACAAGAUAAAUUAAAUAUAAAUGGUGGUGCAAUUGCUUUAGGUCAUCCAUUAGGUGUUACUGGUGCAAGACAAUAUGCUACAAUUUUAAGAUUAUUAAAACAAGGUCAAAUUGGUUUAACUUCUAUGUGUAUUGGUACUGGUAUGGGUGCAGCUUCAAUUUUAGUUAAAGAAUAG